AUGCACGAGGCCGACACGCCGUUGACCACUGCAGACCUGCGCAACUACAGCCGCAUGAAUGCGAUGGCAGGCCCGGCACCAAGAGCUGCCUUUGCUCCUCGAUCAGCGCCGACAAUUGUCUUGAACACCAAGGUUGAGCCAUGGUUAACUCAGACACUCAAGCGCGUGAACAAGGUCAAGCGUCCUCUCAACAGUGUUCCACAACACUUCCGAUGUCUCACAGAGACUCUUGGCGGUGCAAACGCUAUCUGGACUUUGGCCUCGCUCAUGCUUCCCAAGGCGCCUGACUCGGAACUCUGCAAGGACUCUAAUCCUCUGAUGGAAGCUAUCCACAACCAUCAGAUGCUGCAUCUGGAAGCCUACGUCGUGCACAUCGACAUGGUCUCGCAGCAUGAGGUCGCCUUCAAGCUCACACCUGAGAGCAUCGAGUCUCUUGUCGACUACCACAAGGACAUCUACUCUGUCGACGCCUCGGCAAGUACAUGGAGCUGGCCCGAGAAGGAAGUGCAAGUGAAGAAGAUGCACGAGGAGUUUGUGCAGGCCGCGAACAGAUUCGUCUUCAGGACUCACGCGCGCGCGCUCGAGGGUAUGGAGGAGGAGGGCGCUGGCGAGCUGCUCGAGGGUCGGUCAGAAGAUGUUAAGCAUGCCAUCAUGAACAUGUUCUUGCCUCUCCUGCCCCCACCUCCACGAAUCGUCGAUGUCAUACACCCAGCACCGAUCAUGCCUAACACCACUGUCGCUGGUAACUGGUGGGCGCCGACGCAAGCGCUGGCCCCGCUUCAGGUACCAGUGGAGUCGUGGAGGAUGCUGCCAUCGACACCCUCACCGACCGCGACAUCAUGCAGCGACAACCAGUCUGCCGCCUUCUGGCAGGACAUGAAUUUCAGCACGGCGCAGCUACCAUCGCCGACGCCGUCGUUCAGUCAACCAGUGUACACCUCCGCGCCUGCAGACUUCUACAGCUCGCCGGAGUGUAUGACAUCCAUGCCAGCUCUACCAAGCAUGCUUCUCAGCAACUGCAGCGUAGACUAUGGCAUGGGCAUGAACAUGGGCGGCUACCACGACUUUAGCUGGAACCAGAACAACUUCGCGCCUCACCACUUCGCCGCCACGGUAUGA